AUUAUUUUUUUUUACAGUGGUUCUUAUUGGAGAUUCUGGAGUAGGAAAGAGUAAUCUAUUGUCAAGAUUCACCCGCAAUGAAUUUAACUUGGAGUCGAAGUCGACAAUUGGAGUUGAAUUUGCUACUCGUAGUAUACAAGUCGAUGGAAAAACUAUUAAGGCCCAAAUUUGGGAUACUGCUGGACAAGAGCGUUAUCGAGCUAUAACCUCUGCAUAUUAUCGUGGAGCUGUCGGCGCAUUAUUGGUGUAUGACAUAGCGAAACAUUUAACAUAUGAAAACGUCGAGAGAUGGUUACGAGAACUCCGAGAUCACGCAGAUCAAAAUAUUGUAAUAAUGCUUGUGGGCAACAAAUCUGAUUUAAGGCAUCUUCGUGCAGUCCCAACUGACGAAGCGAAAGCAUUUGCUGAGAGAAAUGGUCUUUCAUUUAUUGAAACAUCAGCCCUCGAUUCUACCAAUGUUGAAACGGCCUUCCAAAAUAUUUUGACUGAGAUAUACAGAAUUGUCUCGCAGAAACAAAUAAGAGAUCCGCCUGAAGGUGAUACCAUUAGAGCACAAAAUGUUGAACAGAUUGACGUUAAACCGACAAUGAGUUCGGAUGGAAUGCGUAAACAAUGCUGCCAGUGA